GCAGUUUGAUGGCGUCGCCGCGCACUCCUCUCUGCGUUCUCCGAUCAUCGCUUACCAUCUCACGAUUUAUGGACGGCGAGGACCAGAUAUUAUGAUAGUACAUUGUCGGGGUUGGUUCUACAACAUUUUCGCCAAAGUGUUCUGUGGAAACUGUGUCAUCGCUUGAGCUCCGAACCGAGCCGUGAGAGAUAAGAGAAGAAGUUUGCCGGAUACAGGUGCGAUCUCUCUCUAACUCCAGCUGAUGAGCACAGACACAGAUCAGGACUGCCGGAUUCCAGUAGAUCAUAUCAGAUCUAGCGCACGAUGAAGUCUGCCGGAGCUGGCGAUGAAGGACUCUUCACGGAGAGCUACUGUAACAUCUGCAACGCUCAGCUGAUCUCCGAGUCCCAGCGCGUGGCACACUAUGAGAGCAAGAAACACGCCAACAAAGUGCGUCUGUUCUACAUGCUCCACCCAGAAGAUGGAGGUCCACCAUCCAAAAGACUGAGACCAGACAAUCCGGACAGUGCAGAGAAUGAGGUGGACAGAAACAAAUGCUGUACGCUCUGCAACAUGUUCUUCACAUCUGCCAUCGUGGCUCAGUCCCACUACCAGGGCAAAACGCACGCUAAGAGAGUUCGCUUGGUACUGGGGGAGACACCAAGUCUGCCCACACCUACAGAGUCAGCCCCGCCCACCACUCAGACCACAGACACGCCCCCUCCCUCGUGGCAGCCGCUGGCCAAUCACGGCGAGGCGGGAAAGUAUUGCUGCUUGUGUGGCGCCUGGUUCAACAACCCACUGAUGGCACAGCAACACUACGAAGGCAAGAAACACAAGAGAAAUGCGGCGCGAGCGCGACUGCUGGAGCAGCUGGCUGGCAGUCUGGAUGCCAAUGAAAGCACAGGCCUGCGCCGGAGUUACUCGUGCAGCGUUUGCAACGUGGUGCUGAACUCUAUCGAGCAGUAUCACGCACAUCUCCAGGGCUCCAAACACCAAAACAAUUUAAAACAGCAUCAGCAAUGAAGAACUGGAAAUACUGCAGCUGCAACAGGAGAAUUUACAGAACUGCACAAACUAAUUGUGAACUCAUAAGAAAAGACAUCUUGUUUGGCCACAGGAAUUGUUCACCUACAACAUCUGAGGUUCCUCAGAAGUAAAGUGUUUUAUAUUUUUAUUCACAAUCGAAAGCUAAAAGAUCAAUCUACUUUGGGUAUAUCGUCCAUUCUUCUAUGAGCGUAAAGUAAAAGGAUGUCUAUGAUCAAUCCAGCGAUAUUCAUCAAGUAACACGAGCGCACCAGCCUGAACAGACAUGCAACGGUCCUGCUACUUUUAUUUUUGCCUUUCAAACUCUCGUAUGCAGUGGUCUGUCAUUUUCUCUGCUCUUCAAACGAGACAUCGCUGCUUUGGUUGUUGGCUUUGGCAUGCCAGAAAGAGACCAUCAACCUUUUUCCAGUGAUUUGUCGAAUACGUGUCUGACUUGUGUGUGAAUGCUGCCGGCGAGGAUCCAAUUCAACUGCCUUUGUGUGCGAGAUCUCUCUCGGCUGUGGUCGAAAACAAUAUUUCAGCACUGUUACCACAGACUAAACCCACGUCAUGUUUAUUCACACCACAGUCAUUGUCGCACAGGGCAGAACAUUCCUAUAGAGCUGUGAUGCUGCUUAAACACUGAUGUCAAACGAAACAUGCCAUCAACAUAAAGGAGUCCAGACGCAAAGAGUUGGCAUUUUUCACCCUGACUCAAUCAUGGAUGAUUCACAUGGACGUAAAUGUGUGAACCAGGCUCUGAGCUUUAUCUAAAUCUAUGCCAAAAUGACUGCCUGUAAAACCAGAGCUCAGUGCCUGCUGUUUUAAGUAUGAAUGCUCUUUUUUGCUUUUCUGAUGUGGCAUAAAAAUGUAGUGUUUUUCUUGUUAUCUUAGAAUAUAUGGUAGCUACUAAACUAAAACAGGCCUGAGGCCUCAUUUAUAAAGACAGUUCCUAAAUGUUCCUGUGAUUCAUAAAAAAUGUUACAUCCUGCUUUAUUUUGCAAAUCCAGAAAUAUCCUUUUAUAGUGGGAUAAUGUUUCAUUCAUUGACUAUGUUUACAUGCACAUCUGAUUCAAAAUAUAUUUUCACAAAAAUGUGUACUUGACAUAUUAAAACCUCCUGUUCUUAUUCUGUAGGUUUUUGAAAUGUUUAUGGAAGUGGAUUUUUAAAAUAGCUUUUUUGUUUCUGGGUUUUUGAAAAUAAGACACUGACAUUAAUAGCAUUUGUCCAAAAAUGUAAUUCAGAAUAUGCAUGUGAAUGUAAACGUUGUCACUUAUUUAUUCAGGCAGUAACUCAUUUGCAUCACUUAAAGUCAUCAGAAAAUUCAGUGCAAAAAAAAGAAAAAAAAGAAAAAGAGAGAGAGAAAUAUCAAUCAGAUGGUGAACAUUUUCACAUCAGUUUCUGCCUUUAUAAAUUCCACUUUCAUAUCCAUGGGAUUUCGCAUCAAAUCAUACAUUUUAUAAAUGAGGCCUUGGUCAGAAUAGUGUGACUUUAUGCAAAUCAGAGUAUUACAGUAGCGACCAAGCCAGCUGUUUUAACAUGGUAUGGUAAAUUAAUGCAAAAAAAUCUUUUGUAAAUAACCGAUACACAACAAUAUUGUUAGUAUCACCCUUCAUCUGCUAGUCCAGAAUGAUUAUUGUGGAGUAUCUACUUGACAAGAUUUCUGUGUGCUGCUUUCUGAUCAAUAUGCGAUUGAACUGAAAUCCUGAACACUCUUGGGCUUUUACAAAACAUCUGUUAACAGCCAUUUGAAGACAGACAUACAUUUACGUUUAACCCCGAUGAUGUCUCUGUUGAAAGUCGUAAAAGAAAUAACACGUCAUUUACUGUGAGCUAGACUACUGAAUGGCUUAUUUGUAUGUGAUGUCUUGCUUUCCAGUGAAAAUGUCUAAACAUCCUUACAUAAUGAAAUGACUUGGAAAGCAUCUUUUGAUAUAGUAUUUACUGGAAAACAAGAUAAACACUGAUUAAUAAAAUUAUUUUUGCAGUGCUGUUGACUACAGUAUAAAAGGACUCAGGAUUACAGAAACCUGUUUGGUCGUGGUUGUGUGAUUAAUACCAGAAAGCUACUUCAGAAUCACAAAGCAUCAAGACAAAGGACAGUACAGACACAAAAGCGUGACUCAUUUGUUGUGAAGUUUGAAGUGGCGUAGAUUGUUGAGAACAAACUCAGGCUGUUAAGAUUUCUCAAUUUCUAUUAGUUCUUGUUUCACCUCAUCUCAGUCCUUAGCCUUUUGCUCAUGUAAACUCAAAUAUCAGUCUUGCUGUCCAUGAAAUGGAAUGCAAUUUCAACUCCAAAUGGAUUACAAAAUAUUUUAUGGUCAAUAUAUGCUGUGGGCUAGAAAUAAUAUAUUUAUUAUGAAAAAAAAUCUAAUUAAAUGCAAACUAUGAAAGCAUAUAUGUAAAUUGAAAGAAAUGUGAUUUUCCUGUGAAAUAGUGAGAAAUGAAGUCUGUACUGUGCACAUUUGUAAAUACACUUGAUAAUGACUAUUUUCACUU